GGAGAAACUUUUGGUGGUUUUAAUAGCAAUUGGCAGCUGUAUAAUGGUGCUACUUAUCAUACUCAUUUUUGUGCUGAUAAUCAUUAUAAUUCAGAGAAAAAGAAGCAAAGAUAUUCAUCCAAGAACAACGGAAAGGGUCAGACAAGAACUCCCACUUACCAAUAUCAAUAAUGAUGACACAAUCGGAAGUUUACAUACGAACUUUGAAUAUCUUGCUGCAACUGAAACCGGUAGAGCCCCACCUACAAUCACCCAUCAUUAUUCAACGAUAAGUGACAACGUCUAUGUUCAAACCUCUACUGACAACAAUAAGGUUUCUGAUGCAAGCCAACAUUGCUACUCGUCUGUUCACACUAACACACAAAAUGAAAAUACAACGACAAUUUCUGGUGAUUCUGCUAUUCCUACUGAAGAAUACAAUAAGUUAAAUCAUGAUGAAAAUUCAAGAGAUACUACAUUACCCAGGGGAAUGGAUAUCUACAGCUCACUAGAGUUGUCACAGGAAUCUUCAUAUAAUCAUAUUGAACGUACAUCAGGACCCAAAGGGCCACAUAUGGAGCACCAGAAUGGAUACAGCACUCUAAGAAAACAAGAGCAGUCAUGAAACAAAAUUAUUUGAGUCUUAAUAUCUUUACUUUUGUCCAUUUUGCAUGCUCAUUAUUUUAAUAGUAUUCAUAACUUUUAAUGGAUUUUAUUUGUUAUUAAUUUUAACUAUUAAUUGAACGAGCACUAUUAAAA